GUUCGUAACAUCGGGAAAGUUCAGAAGUUCGCAGUGGGAGCUGACUUCGAGGCGUAUGCAGAACAGCUAGAAUUCUUCUUCGUGGCCAAUGGAGUGACCGACUCAAAACAGAAGAAAGCCGUCCUGUUAACUAAUCUUCCCACUAAAACGUACCAUCUGGCGAAAGACUUAGAUGGCCCCGAUAUUGUUAAGAGAAGAUUCUCUCACGUACGACACGAUCGUAGAGCGUCUCCAAAAGCAAUUGAAGCCCCAGAAAUCUGCCUUAGUCGCCAGGUAUGAGUUUGACAACCGAGAGCGUAACGCAGGAGAAACGGUGAGUCAGUAUGUUCUUGUUUUAA